GCCCGCUGCUCCCUCGCGCAUCACUGUCCAAGAUGCCGGGGGAGCGUGGAUUGGAGGCGGCGCCGCAGUUGCCACAGAGCCACAUCCAAACGCUGCUAUGGAAGAAUUUCCUGCUCAAGAAGAAGCACCCGAUCAAGUGGGCGCUCGAGAUGAUCGUGCCAGUCCUGUUCAUCAUCUUGCUUGGUGGGUUGAAGAUGCUCACGGAUGACGUCAAGGUCCCACCGGGAUGGAGCGACACGCAGACGCUUCCGACCGACAACAACACGGGCACGUCGCACAGCUUGUUUGAGACCAUCCCGGUCAACAUUUCGGGCACGAAACUCAACUUUUCUACGUACUUUGCCACGGAAACGACCAUGUCGGGGUACUUGGUCAACAUGGCGCUCACGGCGUUCCAAAACGGCAAGCUCAUGAGCGAGUUGAACCAAGCCGAUUCGUUUCAGUGCGCGCGCGUCGUCCUCGAAGGCAAGGUGUCGACGGACCCGGCGUCGCCAACAACAGUACCCAAGGAAUGCCGCGGAAAGGUCGUUCCGUACAAGCUCGCGAUCGUGCCGGACACCCCAUUCACGCGCGACUACUUUGCGAAAACGAUGGGUCUGUGGUUCCCGCGGAUCGAGCUCACGCCUCGAUCGUUCUUGACCACGCCGACGAUUCCGUCGUUUGUCGACUCGACCAUGUUCUUUGCAGACGAGGGUGCCCUCGAAGCAUACGUCCAAAGCAGCGGGUACGGCAAAGACCUGGACCAUCCUGUCGUCCAUGCCGCCAUCGUCUUCCACAAGUUCCCAGCCAAGGAUCAAUUGGGCACAGUCCAGUCCAUCGAGUACUCGCUGCGCCUCAACUCGACCCUUGGCCGCGGCGGCAUUCCCGGCGACGUUCCUCGCACGGACGUCAAAGGAACAAACCUGCUCCAGCGCAGCAUCGACAUCACCAUGUAUCAAAAGUACACCACGACGGGGUUCCUCACGCUCCAGACGCUUGUUACGCGAUUUGCAGCGUGCGUCCCCGACUGGGAUGGGUCCACCACGACCGGCAACUGCACGCAGACACAGGCAACAGCGGCGUCGACGUCGUCGCUGGACUCGCGCCUGUUGAAACAAGUGCAGGACGACUACGUGCUGCAGAUCGUCGUGGCAUUUUUCAACAAAUUGCCGGGCGUUCCCCGCAUCAACUUGGCGAAUUUACCGGCGGCGGCCAAGGAGGCGCUGGUCGCGCCGCUGCGUCAGGCGCCGCAGUCGUACCAUGGCCAAAGCGUGUUUCCGUUUCCGAUCGCCGGGUACGUGUCGUCGCCGUUUUACGCGCAAGUCGAGUCGUUUUUCUCGAUCGUGUUUAUCAUUUCGUACCUGUUUUCGAUCUCGUCGGUGCUCGUGGCGCUGAUCACGGAGAAGGAAAACAAGAGCCGCGAACUCUUGAAGAUCCUCGGCGUUCUCGACAACUCGAUCAUUUGGUCGUGGUACAUCACGUACGGCGCGAUCUUUGUCGUGUCGGCGGUGCUCCAGAUGAUGGCGAGUCGCUCCAAGUUGUUCCCAAACUGCUCGCCGCUCCUGGUCUUUUUGUUCUUUUUGCUCUUUGGGUGGAGCGUCCUCGCGUACGGGUUCCUCGUCAGCUCGAUAUUCUCCAAGUCCCGCCUCGGCACGUACAUGGGGAUCGUCGUCUUCUUUGUCAUGUACUUGAUCACGUCGGGCUUUACCGACACGUCGGCGGAACGGUCCAAGAACGUUGCGUGCAUCUUUGCUCCCGUCGCCAUGUCGUUUGGGGUCCAAACAAUGGCCAAGGCAGAAGCUGGGUCGCUCGGGAUCACGUUCGCCAACGUGCACGAGCCGUACGCGAACUUUCGGUUUUCGACCGCGCUGGCGUUCAUGGCGUUUGACAUUGUGUUGUACACGGUGCUCGGGCUGUACCUGGAGCGCGUCGUGCCAAAGGACUACGGCGUGCCGGAGCCUUGGUACUUCCCCGUGAGCAUGCAGUAUUGGCGCAAGGUGCUGAGAACAGGCGCGGUCCGAGUCCAGGACAAGGAGCACGUCCGAGACGACGUCGGCGCCCUCGAAGGCCAUGCCAACGACACGAUCGAGGUCGUGGGGCCCGACCUGCGCCAGCAAGAGGUCACGGGCGACGCGCUUCAAAUCAAAAAUUUGCGCAAAGAAUUUGCCGUGCCAGGCGGGAUCAAAGUGUCGGUGAAGGGCAUGAACUUGACCAUGUACAAGAAUCAAAUCACGUGUUUGCUCGGCCACAACGGCGCCGGCAAGACGACGCUGAUUUCCAUGUUGACUGGAAUGCUUCCCGCGACGACCGGCGAUGCCACGAUCCACGGGCUCUCGUUGAAACACAACUUGGCCGAAAUCCGGCAUUCUCUCGGCAUGUGCCCGCAACACGACGUGCUGUACGCGGAGCUCAGCGUAUGGGAGCACUUGGUGUUCUUUGGCCGUAUCAAGGGGUUCCGGGGGGCAGCGCUCGCGACCGAAGUCGACGCAAAGAUCGCCGAGGUCGGUCUCACUGAAAAGCGUCAUGUCAAGUCGUGCGAGUUGUCGGGCGGGAUGAAGCGCAAGUUGAGUUUGGCGAUUGCGCUGCUCGGCGACAGCAAGAUUGUGUUUCUGGACGAGCCGACGUCCGGGAUGGACCCGUACAGUCGUCGUAGCAGUUGGGAAAUCAUCUUGAACAACCGGUACAACCGCAUUGUGGUGCUGACGACGCACUUCAUGGACGAAGCCGACAUUUUGGGCGACCGCAUUGCAAUCAUGGCGGAGGGGGAGCUCCGGUGCUGCGGGUCGUCCCUCUUCUUGAAGAACCGGUACGGCGCCGGGUACAACUUUUCGCUGGUCAAAACCGACAACUGCGACACGGAUGCGUUGAUGGCGUUUGUGCGUUCGCAUGUCGCGGCCGCCAAAGUCCUGAGCAACGUUGGCACGGAGAUCGCGUUUCAGCUGCCGCUCGAUGGCUCGCCCUUGUUUGCGCCCAUGUUUGUCGAAUUGGAUGCCAACUUGGCACGGUUUGGCGUGUUGUCGUACGGCAUUUCCGUGACGACGCUCGAGGAAGUGUUCAUCAAGGUGGCCGAAGUCGGCGACGAGCACCACCAGCACACGCUGCAGACGACCAAACCGGCCAAGAAGCCCUCGACCGGCUACAAGAUUGAUGCCAACGCGCCGCGCGUGUCCCGCCUGGCCAUGUUCUUUAUCCACUUUGUCGCGCUCUUCAAGAAGCGCCUGCGCACGGCUCGACGCGACCGCAAGAUUGUCCUGUUUGGAGCGCUUCUCCCCAUUGCGUUCAUUGUGCUUGGGAUCUCGAUCCUUAAAUUUAGCGCACUCACAAAGAACGACGCGCCGCUCCGCCUCGGUCUUGGCAACUACACGCUGAAUCAACAGACGCCGGUUCCUGUUUAUUGCACGGCCGACGACAACGCGUGGUGUACCGAGCUCUCGGCAGCGUUCACGUCUGGCCAAGUGUCGCUGCUUCCGCGGGACGAAUACUCGUCACCGACGCCGACGGUGUUCCAGGUUACGUACAACAACCCUCCCAUCGACCCGAGUGGCACGACUGGGAUCUGCUUGAAAACAGGAGAGCAAUUGUGGGCUCGAGGGUUCGAGCAGUCGACGGUAGGACAGUUUGGCGCGUACGUCGUGCACGGCUCGCGCGCGACGGGCGAAGUCGGCUACGCGAUUGCAGUCAACACGUCGUCGCCGCAUGCUGCCGCCAACUACAAGGCGGUCAUGGACCAAGCGGUGUAUCAAAUGAUAACCAAGACACCGUCGGCAACGCUGGUCGUGCACACGCAUCCCUUGCCACUCACGGCCAUGACCAAGACGCUGUUUACGACGUUCAUUUCGUUUGCAACGUCGAUAUGCGUCGUCCUCGCGUUUUGUUUUUUCUCCGCCUCGAUUGUGCCGUACCUCGUGAGCGAAAAGCACCCGACGCACAACUCCAAGCACCAGCAGCUCGUGUCCGGCGUGAGUUUGCCGGCUUUCUGGCUCGCCAACUUUGCAUGGGACAUGCUCGUGUUCUCAGUUCCGUGCGUGUUUGCUCUUAUCACGAUUUACCUGUUUGACAUCACGCCGUUCACGGGCAACGCGUGCCCGACGUGUGCCGGCACACCGUUUGCCGGGAUCGUCGCUCUCCUCGUGCUGCUUGGAUUUGCCCUCAUCUCGCUCUGUUACUGCCUGAGCUACCUCUUCACAGACGCGUCGGGGUCGCAAACCAUGAUCAUUAUGAUCAACAUGAUCUUGGGCGUUGUCCUCAUGACCGUCUCGAUCGUGCUCGACAUUGUCCAGAGCACGCAAGAGCUCAACAAGUCGCUCAAGUUUAUUUGGCGCCUCUCGCCGCUGUUUAACGUCGGCAACGGACUCAAUUCGCUCGCGAUCUUUACGAUUCGCGCCACAUUCUCCCGCGACGGAUACGUUCCAGGCUUGACCGCAUUCGACACCAAAGUCGUCGGGUGGGAAGUGACGUACUUGGCGGUCGAAGCUGUCGUGUUUCCGCUGCUGGCGAUUGGCAUCGACUACGCCCUGAGCUUCCCAAGCAUCAAGGCGGCCGUGAUGAAAGAUCCGACGGUCGUGGAUGCGCCGUACGACGUGGACGAAGACGUUGUCGCGGAAGAAUCGCGGAUUGCGAGCGGCGCCGCCGACAAGGACGCUGUUGUUAUGAAAAACCUACGCAAGGUGUACAAGGGAGGAAAGGUCGGGAUCGUCCAAAUGUCGCUGGCGCUGCCGAAAGGCGAAUGCUUUGGGUACUUGGGCAUCAACGGCGCUGGGAAGACGUCCACGAUGAAGAUCCUGACAGGCGACGUGUUGCCGUCCAAAGGCCAAGCGCUUCUUGGGGGGUUCGACAUCCUGACACAUCAGCUGGAAGUGAGGCGAUUGAUUGGGUAUUGCCCCCAGUUCGACGCACUCAUUGACCUACUCACCGUUCGCGAGCACUUGGAACUCUUUGCGUCCAUCAAAGGCGUGCCAGCCUCACACAUCCACGACACCGUGAAAGACAAGAUGGACCAAAUGAACUUGAACGACUUUGAGCACAAGCUAGCGGGGACGUUGAGCGGUGGGAACAAGCGCAAGCUGUCGGUUGCAAUUGCCAUGAUCGGGUCGCCUCCGAUCAUCUUCUUGGACGAGCCGUCGACAGGGAUGGACCCGGUGUCCCGCCGAUUCAUGUGGGAUGUCAUUGCGGACAUUUCGACCCGCAGCAAAGAAUCCACGAUUCUCCUCACAACGCACAGCAUGGAAGAAUGCGAAGCGCUGUGCACUCGCGUCGGAAUCAUGGUCGGUGGCCGUCUUCGCUGCGUGGGAAGCAUCCAGCAUUUGAAACACCGCUUCGGCGAUGGAUUGAUGCUGCAUGUCAAGCUCGCGCCCGUCAAGGCGGACGACGUGGCCGCCAUGGUCAGUACCCAAAUGAACGGGGUCCAUCAAGUCACGAGGGAGACGCUUGGUGUAACGUGCACUCGUUUGGGCAAGAGCGACCGUGCGGCUUGCAUCGACGGGAAUCAUCCGACGGGGUACGUGCUAGCCGAUUCCCUUGAUCGGCACCACCAAGCGAUACCGAUCAAAGACUUCUGCACGUGGUGGCUGAGUGAGGACCGGUUCGAUGCGUUUUCGUCGCACGUGAAGUCGUCGUUCGGGACGGUUCAUGGCGGGAAAGCUCAGCUGCUCGAGCGACAAAACGACCAAAGCCGGUUCAAGCUCGUCGGCCAUACCUUAAAGCUGAGCUCGGUCUUUUCAUUGAUCGAGGGGUGCCGCGGCGAGCUCCACGUGGAGGAGUACACAGUCGCGCAAACGACGCUGGAGCAGAUCUUUAACAACUUUGCGUGCCAGCAAACGCAGGAAAAGGGCGUUGCCCGCGGCAUGAUGGUCAAGGAAGCCCCGUCGUCCGUGUCAAACCACGACCAUUACGUUGUGGCGCCGCAGUAGCGCUCGCCCCCAUGGAAUGUAAUAAACUAUCGUGAGACGACCAAUGCAACGGGUCCUGUUUUCGCAACUCGGGUCUGCACUUGCGGAUAUUCACCUGG